GUUCGGAUUGCAAAGGUUCUGGGUACUGAGGACCUGUAUGAUUACAUUGACAAAUAUAACAUUGAGCUGGACCCACGCUUUAAUGACAUUUUGGGCAGACACUCCCGGAAGAGAUGGGAACGGUUUGUGCACAGUGAGAAUCAGCACCUGGUCAGUACCGAGGCUCUGGAUUUUCUGGACAAGCUGCUACGUUAUGACCACCAGGCCCGACUGACAGCCCGCGAGGCCAUGGACCACCCUUACUUCUGUGAGUUCAUGAAAACCUGUGAAUGCAUCUCCAGUCUCUAA